CUCAGAAAUGGAGCAAAAUCCACAAAAUGGAGAGCCUGCUGAAAUUAAGAUCAUCAAAGAAGCAUACCAGAAGGCCUUUUUAUUUGUUAAUAAAGGACUAAAUACAGAUGAAUUGGGUCAGAAGGAAGAAGCAAAGAACUACUACAAGCAAGGAAUAGGACACCUGCUCAGGGGAAUCAGCAUAGUAUCAACAGAGCCUACACACACAGGCCCUGGGUGGGAAUCUGCUAGACAGAUGCAGCAGAAAAUGAAAGAAACACUGCAGAAUGUCCGUACCAGGUUAGAAAUCCUAGAGAAAGGACUUGCCACUUCUCUACGGAAUGAUCUGCAAGAGGUGCCCAAGUUAUAUCCAGAGUUCCCACCAAAGGACAUGAAUGGAAAGUCACCGGAGCCUCAGUCCUCUAGGUCACCUCCCCAGCAGGCUGAAGAAAGUAGAAACACUUCAGCCGCAGGUGCAGGGUCAGUUGCUGAACCCUCUUCUCUGUCUUUACCAUCUCCAAGCUGUCCAGCAGAUGCUCCUCCUGCUUACACUCCACAGGCAGCCGAGGGACACUACACUGUGUCCUACGGAACAGAUUCUGGGGAGGUUUCAUCAGUUGGAGAGGACUUCUACAGAAACCAUUCUCAACCACCUCCCCUUGAAAGCUUAGGGCUAGAUGCUGAUGAGUUAAUUUUGGUACCAAAUGGAGUGCAGAUUUUUUUUGUAAAUCCUGCAGGGGAAGUUAGUGCACCUUCGUAUCCUGGGUACCUUCGAAUUGUGAGGUUUUUGGAUAAUUCUCUGGAUGCAGUUCUAAACCGUCCUCCUGGGUUUCUUCAGGUUUGUGACUGGUUAUAUCCUCUAGUUCCUGAUCGAUCUCCAGUUCUGAAAUGUACUGUGGGAGCCUACAUGUUUCCUGAUACAAUGUUACAAGCUGCUGGAUGCUUUGUGGGAGUUGUCUUGUCCUCUGAACUACCAGAGGAAGAUAGAGAACUCUUUGAGGAUCUGUUAAGGCAAAUGUCUGACCUCCGGCUUCAGGCCAACUGGAACAGGGCAGAAGGAGAAGAUGAAUUGCAAAUCCCAGGAAGAACAAGACUCCCCUCUGACCAGUUGAAGGAAGCUUCUGGCAUUGAUAUAAGGCAGUCAGGUUCUUCGUUGGACCAGGCCAACAAGGAGGCACGUCAUAAAGGAAAACGGGGGAAAAAGACAAAAGAUGCUUCAACUGAAGAAGUUAAUCUGAGUAACAUUGUACCCUAUGAGCCAGUUUCAGAAGAAAAAGCAAAAGAAUUACCUGAAUGGAGUGAAAAAAUGGCUCACAACAUUUUAACAGGAGCUUCCUGGGUGAGUUGGGGCUUAGUUAAAGGGGCUGAAUUUACCGGCAAAGCAAUCCAGAAAGGUGCGUCUAAACUCCGAGAACGGCUUCAGCCAGAAGAAAAACCAGUAGAAGUUAGUCCAGCUGUCACCAAGGGACUUUAUAUAGCGAAGCAGGCUACUGGUGGAGCAGCAAAAGUCAGUCAGUUCCUAGUUGAUGGAGUUUGUACUGUAGCAAAUUGUGUUGGUAAAGAACUAGCUCCACAUGUCAAGAAGCAUGGAAGCAAACUUGUUCCUGAAGCUCUUAAAAGGGACAAAGAUGGAAAAUCUACCCUGGAUGGUGCAAUGGUGAUUGCAGCAAGUAGUGUUCAAGGAUUUUCAACUGUCUGGCAGGGCUUGGAAUGUGCAGCUAGAUGCAUUGUUAAUAAUGUUUCAGCAGAAACUGUACAGACUGUCAGAUACAAAUACGGGCAUAAUGCAGGAGAAGCUACACAUAGUGCAGUGGAUUCUGCUAUCAACGUUGGUGUAGCUGCCUACAACAUUGACAACAUUGGUAUCAAAGCCAUGGUGAAGAAAACUGCAAAACAAACAGGACAGACACUCCUUGAGGACUAUCGGAUCAUCGACAGUUCUCAGAAGGAAAUUCAAGGAGCAGCAGGAAAUGCAGACUUGAAAAGAGAGGAUGAAGAGACCAAGGAAGUAGAGAAGAAAGAGACAAAGAAGGAUGAGAAGUGAUGGAAAUACUAGGAAGUAACCUAUACCAAAGCCUUAUCACAUGGAAGAAAUUUUGUUAAAUAGUCCAGUGGUGGAAUUCUCCCCAGAUGAGUCAAUAUUUUUUAAAUGCAUUUAUUCCUGUAAAGUGACAGUCCCACUUUUUGGAGCUUGUAUUCUACUUGCAAGGAAAAUAAUCAGCAUUCUUGCACUGGACUUUGGAAAUAUGCACACAGUAGUCUCAAUAAGUUUAUUUUCUCCUGAAUGUGGCUACAGUAUUUUUGCAGUUAAAAUAAAGCUUUAAUAUAUGUGCUUUAACCUAAUUUAACCUAACCCUGAACUAUUUUUGUAUUUGCUAGCAUUUAGAAAGUCAAAUAGGAAGUUAUAUAUUUACAUAAACCUCACAUGUAGUACCUUAGUUCUAUUUAUACUGAAACAGAUUGAAAAUAUUGUCUCCUCUUUUUGCACUAAUUGUGGAUCUUUAUAGAUGCCCCGUUUGAAUUUUCAGUAUAUAAGCUAAACAAGAGCAGUAAUGUUACAAUUUAAAAAAAAUUCUCAGACAACAUUUUAAAAGACUUCAAAUCAGGGAAGUCUUAGAAGAUUACUUGGUAGCUUACCCAUCUGUUAGGAAAUGAGAUGGCUUUCUGAGUUGAAAUGAACAAAAUACAUCUUUAAGUCUUUUGGAGAUUGAGACUAGUAGUAAUAUAUUAGGAGCCUAGAUAAUUUUUCAGUAUUAGUAAUAAAGUGAAGUGAUAUUAUCAGCUUAAUUGGACAAAUAGGUACAUAAAUCAUUUUACCAAUAUCUGCUUCUGUAAGCCUAGUAACUACUUUAUAAGAAUGAAAGUAUGAACAGAGAUCAGUUUACUUUUACUUUUUGAUUCAAUCAUUGGAAUUUGUGUUAAAAAUACAAAAAGUUAUUAAGAAAGGAAGUUCCUACUCAUGAUCAAGGUAAAGAAUAUGUGUAGUCAUGGUAGUUUCUACUUUGGCAAAGGACAUGAUGCUUUUUUUUAAGUUACAAAUAUGUAAUCUGAUACCUAAUCGCAUUUAUUUUGGAUUAUUGAUUUUAAAAGAUUGGUAUUGGUUUGUGUAGCUCUAGUCUAUUCAUUUCUAAACUUCUAGUGGCUCCCUAGUUAAUGGACUAUAUUUGAAGCUGGUAAAAUAAUGCUUUGUGUGAAUAAAUAAUUCUCUGAAUUGGCCUCAGA